GCGCGCGUUCUUUUCGGCCUGCGGUUGUGGUUGCUGGGUCUUGCUGGUUGUGCAGGCGGGGAUGUCCGGCCGCGGUAAGCAGGGCGGCAAGGCGCGCGCCAAGGCCAAGUCGCGCUCGUCGCGCGCUGGGCUGCAGUUCCCCGUGGGCCGCGUGCACCGGCUGCUGCGCAAGGGCAACUACUCGGAGCGCGUGGGCGCCGGCGCGCCCGUGUACCUGGCGGCCGUGCUCGAAUACCUGACGGCCGAGAUCCUGGAGCUGGCGGGCAACGCGGCGCGCGACAACAAGAAGACGCGCAUCAUCCCGCGCCACCUGCAGCUGGCCAUCCGCAACGACGAGGAGCUCAACAAGCUGCUGGGCCGCGUCACCAUCGCGCAGGGCGGCGUGCUGCCCAACAUCCAGGCCGUGCUGCUGCCCAAGAAGACCGAGAGCCACCACAAGGCCAAGGGCAAGUGAGGCCGCCGUCCCCGGGCCCUGCGACGGACACCAAAGGCUCUUUUCAGAGCCACCCACUGUUUCGGGAAAAGAGCGGCGCUGAGCGCGGGGCGUGCGCUCCCCGCAGGCCACCGCGCCCUGCCGUUAAGGUCCACGCCUGCUAGGGGCCAGCCUCCGGGGACUGCUUCGACGUUCAGACCUGAAAUCCGGCCUGACUGCUGCGGGGGGGGGGGGGGGGCGGUUGGACUUGAUUGACGGGGGUGGAGGAAUCUGCAAUGCUGUACGCGUUUGAGAUGCUUACAUGUCGGUCUUCGGGUCUGUAUUAAAAAUGCUGCAGGCCUCACUGAGUUGCCGAAUGUUAGGUCCGCUGACUACUCGGGAAGCGUUUGUUUGCUAGAGGCAUUUUCCGAGCUUUCCACAAAUCACUUUGUCUUAAAAGGGACGAGCCGCUUAGGCAGGCAAUUGUAGAUAGGUUAGUUGAGUUUGGGUUGGCGAGAUGCGAAGAGGGAUGCCAUUAAUUUUUCAGAAACAACAAAACGACUGGUGCGCUGGUUUUGAUGGGGGGUUUGUGUUAAUAUAAAUACAAAAUUUUAAGUAGCUUGGGCCAGACAACAUGGAUGUUCUAGGAAGAUGACCAUUCAUGAAGUGGGCGCUACGGUUGCAGAGCUGCAGGCAAAGCCCACAGGAAGGCUCUGUGUAUGGCACCGACUGGGGUAGGGGGUGGUGGCAAGACUUAGUCCAGGAUAAUUCCUUCCUAAAGGCGGAGCUCUGUGGGUGUGACUCGUGUUCUGUUACCUGUCCAGUUCUUAAUGUUUUGCAGCAGUACGUACAGGCCGGUAAGAAUCCAGGGACAUUAUAUAAUACGAAUCUAUUCUAGUAAAAUGGGUCUACCCAAAGCAGGGCUGCACAAGUUACUCACAAGUCUGCUGUGAGAAUGCCCUGGUGCUGUGCAGCUGGGCCGGAAGUGGUGAGAACCGUGCAUGAGGCACACGUUUCCCACCGUGUGCCUAGGUGGGCACUGUGAAGAUGGGCCAAGAGUGCACUGCUUUAGAGUGUGGCCCUUAAGCUUCUAGUGGGAGGCUUGAAUUAUGGGUUACAUUUGUUUUUAGUAUGUGUCUACACUGCUCUUCAACUAUGAUAGUGGAAUGUUAGACUUUUUUUUUUUUUUUUUUUAAGAAUUAUUUAUUUGAAAGUCAGAGUUACACAGAGUGAGAGAGAGGUCUUCCAUUCACUGGUUCACUCCCAGUUGGCCGCAAUAGCCAGAGCUGUGCCAAUCCGAGCCAGGAGCCAGGAGCUUCUUUGGGGUCUCCCAUGCGGGUGCAGGGGCCCAAGCACUUGGGGCAUCUAUCUGCUGCUGCUUCCCCAGGCCAUAGCUGAGAGCUGGAUUGGAUGUGGAGCAGCCGGGACUCGAAAAGGCUAUGCCACAGUGCUGGCCCCUGUUAGAAGUAUUUUUAGGGGGGCUGGUAUCUCAAGAAUUGUCAUGAAUUUUCAGAUUGAAAAGAAAAUUACUCAGGGCUGCCCUGUGUUGUAGUAGGUAAAGCCGCUGCCUGCAGCGCCGGGAUCUCAUGGGGGCGCCGGUUGGAGUCCUGGCUGCUCUACAUCCGAUCCAGCUCUCUGCUGUGGCCUGGGAAAGCAGUAGAAGAUGGCCCAAGCCCUUGCACCAUGCACCCGUGUGGGAGAUGUGGAUUCUCUGUUUCUAUUGUGUGUAACUCUGCCUCUCAAAUAAAAUCUUUUUUAAAAAUA